CGCCAACUUUUUAGGCGCUGUGCGAAUCUCGCGCAGUUGGACGUCGUCGGAACGGCCAGAGCCGGCCACGGCUCUGCUGCGUCGCCAGCACGCAAUCCUACGGUGGGCACACGGGGCAGCCCCACCAUGCAGCACAAUUUCUGAUGGUGAGGCGCUUAGUCUCGUGAACGCGCACACCAUACCGGCACAACGCUUCUGGUCCGUCUGAGAAACGCACCGGUCCAGGGAUAAGCCAUGGACGUCGUAAAGCGCCUGCGAAACGCCCUGGGCAACAACCGGCCCAGCGACGCGACGGCGUCGAGCGGCGGCCUCGCGGACGCCGACGCCGACGACGUCGAGUCGCUCGAACGGCUGAGAGACGAGGCGCGGCGCGCGUGCCUCGAGCAGAUGGACUCGCACCUCACCCAAUACUUGUUCGAAGAACAAGACCGGCUGCCGCCGCCGCACUACGAGGAGUGGAUCGCGGCGCUGCAUCCCGAGAACGCGACCGUGACCGCGGGCGUCGUGACGAAGCUCGAUGCGCGGUUCUACAAGGACCAGUCGGACCAUCGGCGCCUCUGGAACAAGUACCGGCCGGACGCGCGCGUCGACGCCGUCGAGACGAUCGACGCGCCGCUCUCGCCGAAGGAUCUUAUGAGUGCGGAGGACUUGUCCGGGCUCCAGAGCGAGCUCGAGGAACUUGAAGAAUUACGAAAGCUCCUCGUCCACGUCCAGGGCGUGCGGCAGAGGCAACAGUCGCCGCAUGGCUCGAAACGUCAGUCGUUCACGCCGCACCCGACGCCGCGCGUGAGCGACAACGCCGAGGCACCGCGCCUGAGCGAGGAGGAAAUCGCCGUCUUCGACCCGUUCGCUUCGACCCGAUGACACGCUGUGUAAAGA